UGCAUGAUGUUGUUGCUCAUAAUACUUAUUCAUUAAGCGUGGUAAUAUGACUACGAACAUCGAAAAAAUUGCCCAGUUUUCCAAAAUAGACAUAAAAUAAAAUGACAAGCGUCACCACCGUUACUGGUGGUAACCGAACCGACCCAGGGAACCAUCAGAGGGUGAAAAGGGCACCUCCUAGAUGGGAUUAUUUACCAGACUUGAUUGUGGAAAAGAUCUUUUCUUAUCUACCAAAGCGAAGCCGCUAUAAUGCCGCCGUAACUUGUUCCUCGUGGUUGCGCGUGUUGUAUUUUCCCGAACUGUGGAAAACCUUUGCUAUGAGGGAAUUAACGCUUACACGGUCAAAAUUCGAUUACUACAAAGGUUACCAGGACGCGCUUGACCCUUUUGUGGCGCAGGCUUGCUUAAGACGGAUUGGUCGACAUUUCCGGCGGUUGAAAAUUUUUCCAAUUUCCAAUUUCCACAACCUUUUUGAAUUCUUGACCAUGGUGGAUUCUUUUAUUACAUAUUAUGAUAUUACUCCAAUGAAACACCUUCGAGCUUUCGAGUUCUCCUUUGCUUGCCAGAUAAGAAGCCGGGAAGGAAUCCGGAUUUUCGGGACUGGCGGGCGAUUAUUUGAAACGCUAAUAAAACUCAUGAGUCAUCUGGUGAAUUUGCAAGAUCUGCGACUAGAGAAUCUGUUGUUAGAAACCUUCGAGGCGGUGCACCUGCUGGAAAAUGUCCUUCAUAACUGCGAAGAAAGUAUGCGGACCAUGUCCAUCAUUAACUGCAGCAAGCACAAUUACUUUUUCAUGCACUGUGGCUUAUUUCGCAACCUGCAAAUUCUGACCAUUUCCACCAACCAUCUGCAUCCCGAUUUGAUAAAGUUACUGAGCGAUAUCGAGUCUUUCAAAGAACUACACGUGAUACAAACAGAAUUCACUUCCGGUGCACAGCAUCUGCGAUUCCGAGACUGGCAGCCAUUUAGAGAUAACAGCAAAGUGCAUCUGUUUCUGGAAACCAGAGGCAAAACAAAAGAAGACAUAAUUUGGCAAGAAAGAGCGCCCGUCUAUGCGAUUAUCCAUGCCACGCCCUAUUCGAAACUGACCCAUCACGGUGCACUUGAAAUUAUUAAUCAAUACGGCAACACUCUGCAAGUUUACUGUCAGAUUGGAAUACCCAAAAUUCCGUACCAUCGUGGUCGGCCAAUGUACGAACGCUGCGAUUCGCAGCUGCUUCUUCUGGUGCGGACAUGCGAGCACCUGCGCACUGUGAUGGUCCAUGAGUUGGUCAGUACUAGCUCGCUGCUUCUGAUGGCGUGGUACGCCAAAGGUCAACUCCGCAACCUGUACGUGCGCCGCAAUGCCAUUAUACGCAGGCUGGACUGGCCUCCUACGCCUGACUGGUCAAAAGAGUUUUACCAGUGGCUAAAAAAAUCCAGCUCAAACUUUGCAGUGUUCGAAGACGAAAUGAGCGUUCUGCUUAACCGGAAAUGGAGGGCUCUGAGCGACCUGGAUUUCAAGAAAAUUGAUGUGGGAAAAGUGGAUUUGUAAAAUAACUGAUGCUGCAAUUUCUGUUACAAAUACAGUGACUCUACUCUUGUAAGUAUUUUUAUGAUUGCCAUUUGCCAGCGAUUCAAAUAAAAUGGUUGCUGCUUGUAAAUA